AUGUCACGAAGUCCGGAAAGGAAUCCAAAUGAGGUAGGUGGAUUUCGUCCCAUAAGAAAUGUUGGAGGAGGAGUGCCGGAUCUCACUUUGCAAGCCAUUAUGCGAGAAAUGGAGCGAUUGUUUGAUCACAAGCUUGAACCAAUCGAAGACCGCUUAUAUCGAGUUGAAAUCCGAGGACAACGCGAAGCGACUCCGGAAGAUGCAAGGCGAGAACGAGAGCAACCAAUUGACAACUUUGGUGAAGGAGAAUCCGAAGGUGACCACUUGUCUGAACAAGGAAACCCUCAACGGUUCCAACGAAAUCGAGUCCCAAGAAAUCGAGACCGUCCGGAUGACAAUCUCAAAAAUAUUAAGAUGUCUAUUCCGCCGUUUCACCAAUACUACUCGAAAAAUAAAAAGGUAAAGCUCGCUGCCAUUGAAUUCUCGGGCUAUGCGAUCGUGUGGUGGGAUCAAUUGGUGACUAGCCGAAGGAGGAAUGGGGAGAGGCCUAUCUCUACGUGGGCCGAAAUGAAGGCCGUUAUGCGCAAGCGUUUUGUUCCCUCCUAUUACCAUCGGGAGUUGUACCAACGAUUGCAAAAUCUCACACAAGGCAACCGAAGUGUCGAGGACUACUAUAAAGACAUGGAAAUUGCUAUGAUAAGAGCCGACGUGGAGGAGGAUCGUGAAGCAACAAUGGCGAGAUUUUUAGCCGGCCUAAAUCUGGAUAUUGCCAAUAUCGUCGAGCUUCAACACUAUGUAGAAGUUAUGGACAUGGUGCAUAUGGCAAUAAAAGUUGAAAAACAAUUGAAAUGGAAAGGACCCACGCGGACAUAUCCAACGACUUCUACCAACAAGUGGGCUCAAGGGACUAGCAAAGCCCCCAAUCGGCCUAAAGAGCCUUUCGUUGCUGCCAAACCCAAUCAAGUAAGUGCCGAUGCUAGCAAAAAUAAAAACGAGGCUGUCUCGAAUCAUUCUUGCGAUAUCAAGUGUUUCAAGUGUCAAGGAAGAGGCCACAUUACGAGUCAAUGUCCUAAUCGACGAGUGAUGGUGGUUCAUUCAAAUGGCGAGAUUGAGUCCGAAGAUGAACAAGAGGAGGAGCCUGAAAUUCCCAUGGAGGAAGGUGAAGAGCUCGAGCUACCCGUUGAAGGAGAAUUACUUGUUGUCAAAAGGAGUUUGAAUAUCCAAGUAGCCGAGGAAGAACAACAACGAGACAACAUCUUUCACACCCGUUGCCAUGUUCAAGGCAAGGUGUGUAGUUUGAUUAUUGACGGAGGGAGUUGCACCAAUGUCGCAAGCUCUUUGCUUGUUGAAAAACUUGGUUUAGCCACCACAAAGCAUCCAACUCCUUACAAGCUACAAUGGCUAAAUGACGGAGGCGAACUCAAAGUGACGAAGCAAGCAAGGGUGGCGUUUUCCAUAGGCAAGUACCAAGAUGAGGUGGUUUGUGAUGUCGUACCAAUGCACGCGGGACAUUUGCUAUUGGGGCGUCCUUGGCAAUUUGACCGGCGAGAAUUUGGAGAUAUUUUUCCCGAAGAAGUGCCAAAUGGCCUACCUCCCAUUCGAGGAAUCGAGCACCAAAUCGACUUUGUGCCCGGUGCUGCAAUUCCAAAUAGGCCAGCAUAUAGAAGUAAUCCUGAGGAAACGAAGGAAUUGGAAAAACAAGUAGCCGAAUUAAUGGAGAAGGGCUACAUCCGUGAAAGCUUAAGUCCGUGCGCGGUUCCGGUAUUGUUGGUUCCUAAAAAGGAUGGAUCUUGGCGAAUGUGUUUCGUUGUGAGUGCUCGUGGUUUAGAAGUUGACCAAGAAAAGGUCAAGGCGAUCAACGAAUGGCCGCGUCCAACAAACAUCAGCCAAGUGAGGAGUUUUCACGGGUUGGCAAGCUUCUACCGAAGGUUUGUGCCUAAUUUUAGUUCUGUUGCUGUCCCCUUGACAGGUAUAAUUAAGAAAAUUCCUUUUGUGUGGACUGAUGAACAAGAAAAUUCUUUUAAUAAGCUUAAAGAAUGUCUAACUAAUGCACCAUUGUUGUCUUUACCUGAUUUUAACAAAACAUUCGAGAUAGAGUGUGACGCUUCAGGUAUCGGCAUUGGCGCUGCUUUGAUGCAAGAUGGAUGGCCUAUUGCAUACUUUAGUGAAAAGCUUAACGGAGCUACGUUGAAUUAUCCAACGUAUGAUAAGGAACUAUAUGUGUUGGUCCGAGCUCUCGAAACAUGGCAACACUAUUUAUGGCCGAAGGAAUUCGUAAUCCAUUCGGACCACGAGGCUCUAAAGCAUUUGAAGGGACAAACCAAGCUCAAUAAACGUCAUGCCAAGUGGGUGGAGUAUUUGGAGUCGUUUCCGUACGUGAUCAAGUAUAAAAAGGGUAAGGAAAAUGUUGUAGCCGACGCCCUAUCACGAAGGUACGCACUUCAUGAGGGCUAUUUAUUUCGUGAAGGCAAGCUUUGUGUGCCUCAAAGUUCUGUGAGAAACGUCCUUGUAGAAGAAGCUCAUAGCGGAGGACUUAUGGGCCACUUCGGAAUUGCUAAAACUUUAGCAAUAUUGCAUGAACAUUUCUAUUGGCCCAAAAUGAAACGUGACGUAAUAAGGAAAUCUGAUCGUUGCAUCACUUGUAAGAAGGCAAAGUCACGAAUCAAACCGCAUGGUUUAUACACCCCGUUGCCUAUUCCUGAUGCUCCGUGGGUAGACAUUUCAAUGGACUUCGUUCUGGGCCUUCCAAGAACCAAAAGAGGGAGAGAUUCAAUAUUUGUUGUAGACCGUUUUUCAAAAAUGGCCCAUUUUAUACCUUGUAAUAAAACUGAUGAUGCUACUAACGUUCCUAAUCUGUUUUUCAAGGAAGUUGUUAGGUUGCAUGGAAUCCCUCGAACCAUUGUCUCCGAUCGCGACACAAAGUUUCUAAGUCAUUUUUGGAGGACGUUGUGGGGGAAAUUGGGCACCAAACUUCUAUUUUCGACGACAUGCCACCCUCAAACAGAUGGCCAAACCGAAGUAGUCAACCGUGUAUUAUCAACAUUGCUUCGAGCUAUUUUGAAAAAGAAUUUGAAGAUGUGGGAAGAUUGCUUACCUCAUGUGGAGUUCGCAUACAAUCGAACCGUUCAUUCUGCUACGAAAUUUUCUCCUUUUGAGGUAGUAUACGGUUUUAACCCCAUUACUCCUCUUGAUUUGAUUCCUAUGCCUUCUAUUUGGAUCCACAUGCGCAAAGAACGGCUUCCCGAUCAAAGGAAAUCCAAGCUUCAAUCAAGGGGUGAUGGCCCUUUUCAAGUAUUGGAACGGAUCAAUGACAACGUCUACAAGAUUGACCUACCGGGUGAGUAUGGAGUGAGUGCAAGUUUUAACGUUGCUGAUCUUUCUCCUUUUGAUGUAGGUGACGAUUCGAGGACGAAUCGCUUCGAAGAGAGGGAGGAUGAUAUGAGCUCGCCCAUGAAGAUAGGUGUCGAAUCCAUGGAGUUGCCUUUGGGGCCAAUUACUCGAGCACGUGCCAAGAAGUUCCAAGAUGCUUUAGCAAGCUAUAUUGCUCGAUUGUGGAGUGAUGGGUUGAUUGCCCAUAAAAUGCCCAGCUCAACUAGCUUGAUUCGCACCAUCCUACAAUCGGCUCCACCAAGAUUUGCUGUUAAGACUAAGGCAGUCACUUACGAACUUAGGGAGGCAAAUUCGAGUGGAAAAAGACAAGAGAGUGAGAGGACAUUAGAUCCUGAAAGAAAUGUGACCAAAGGAGGUGGUGCACACCUUGUACAAAAUGUACCUGUUGGUGGUGGUGUACCCGAUCUAACAUAUCAAGCCUUAAUCCGUGAAAUGGACCGGAUGCUCCAACGACAAGUAGAGCUUGUACAAGAGCAUUUGGAAUAG